AUGACAUCCGAAAGCAAAAAGCCUUCGAGCGCCGUUGCGGGUAUUGCCGGGCCUCUCCCGACAUUGCAAGAAUAUAAGAAGGAACAAGUGCGACUUCGGGAGAUGAUUGAGAAACAGAAACAUCUGUUCAAGAAACUUAUCCAACUUGAAGACACCAUUAUUCAAAAGGAAGCCACUUACAUCGAGUCAUCACCAACGGGUAACAUCAUCACUGGCUACGACAAUUACAUAAAGGGGUCCAGCGGCUCAGCAGCACAGAGGAGAAAGUUAGGUUCUAUCGAACAGCACUGCGUUUUCUCGCGUUCUUCUGUUUCUUAUCGACCCAACACAGGGAGCGUGGACUGA